UAUUCUACAAUUUGACCUUUUUAUAAACCCUUCCUUUCUCAACGUACUCAACUUAAUCUUUCCACAAUAAUUGUGACUUCCUUUUUCGCCACUUAGUAUUAAUACUACACGCUUCAUAAUGAAAUGGCGUUUUCCGCGUGUGCAGUUCUUUAUAAUUUGAAUACUUUGUCCAGUAGCAAUUUUCUUACUUCUGCUUUGAUGGCAUUUAUGGUGGUAACCUAUCCUGUUCCCGACAUUAAUGUCUGCUCCGAUUUCCAAAAUUGCCGGCUGUUUUACACGGAGCCGCCCACGGAAAUGGCCCAUCUCCGGCAUCCUUAUAAUUUUCUGCUUUUUGAAAACGGCACCAUUCUACUCGGACAAGCCUGGCCGCAGAUACGGAGUGACGGCACUCCAACGCCGCUCGUUAUCGCGAUUGUCCGAGGCACACGAGAUGGUGGAUACCGACCGCUUUCACAGGCCGCUGUAAAGGUCAUCAACAGCAUCUUGGACUGCUCUGAGGAGUACGUCCCCGGCAACUACCAGUCCAUCCGCACGGCCGUUACUGCACUGCAAACGCCGAUGUCUGUUCUGCGAUUCCGCCGCGGAGCUGAUUUAAACGAUACCCAGAAUUUAACUGGCCAAACGCCACUCAACGCAUCCAGCUCAACGAAUAACACCAACACGCUGCCGCUGUUUAAUAGCAACGCAACGGGCAACGCUUCGACGAACACCGACAGCACAGCAUCGUUCAAUAUAACGGACAACGACACACAUUCUUCAGGCAACACUACACGUAUAGAUAAACCAGCGUUGGGUGCGGAGAGCACCGCCAAGACCACAUCAACCGCAGCGGUAACCACUCCAGCGACAAAAGCUUCGGCUGUCGUGCACGUGGCGACGAAAGCAGCGGCGGAUGCCGGUAUUGCACUGGGCGUGCUGGCCUUGAUAACGUCGGCGCUGCUGGUCGGUUAUCUGUACGUGCAGCACCGACGCACCGAGACACGGGGAAUACAUAAUAUGCAACCGCGCAAUGCCCACCGGCCGCGAUCGCUGGAGGUGGACCUCGAGGAAAAUCGCUUUGCUGAACGAGGGCGAUCGAAUCAACAGGACGCACGGAACCUUUAAUUUAGGAGUAAAUACAGUAAAAUUCUGACCCCGAAGCUAAUAUGACCCCAUGCUAUCCACGGUGCACACUUCAACUGCAGUUUCAUUAUUCUUGUUACUCUGCCAAGUGCCCACCAGUUUUUUUCGUCUCGGCAUUUGCUGGACUUUGAACAUAAUAAUACAUAGGUAUAUCAUUUCAAUUGGCUGAUUGUCAAAAACAGAAGUGAAAAAUAUGGAAAAUAAAUUAUGUUUAAUAGAGAUUGAUCGGU